AUGAAGCUGAGCCCAAGGUUGGAUCUUAUCGUUAGCCGCCGUAGCACAGCUCCGUGCACCCGCCGUUCGAUCUCAUCCACGCCCCAUCUCAUCGCGUCAAAGAUCAAAGGAGUGCUCGCCGGAAAAAAGGGCGAUGCCUCCAUCGAGAUCUUCGAUUCAUUCACCCUUCUCCGUGAGGUUUGCGGCGGAGAUGAACAAAGCCAAGAAGCCGAAGUAGUUCGUGGUAGUACGCAGGAACAGCGAAGCCACGUUCGCCGAUGCCUUCAAGAAGCAGGAAGCCAUAAUCCGAUACCUCGAGGUGUUGAUCCUACUGCGAGGUUUGAACGAACGAACAUCUCUGAUCCAGACACGUAUGCAUCGACCUUAGAGCAAAAAAAGAAAGAGGAUGCUGACCUAUCAGUGCAAGAGAGACAGUUAUGCAAUUUUCCCAUUGCCGUUGGGUGCAGUGGCAUUUUGUACUUCACCCCAACUGAUCUUGAAAACAAUUGCGUUCAGGCAAAGGUUUUUGUAUUGGGCCUCGAUAAAUCUUUCCAGUUGAAAACCAGAAACCAAGGAAUUCGCUGCUGCUGGACGAGAAGCGGCAAAGAUGUGCUGGAGCUGAAGGUCUAUGCGGAGGACUGUGGUGGAGGAUUCUAGCAAGCACUCCAUAUUUAUUUGUUGCAGACCAUCACACUUGAGGUCGAAUCAAGAAACAUAAUCGACAAUGUCAAGGCUAAGAUUGACGAUAAGGAAGUUCUGUUCUAGGGAUCCCGACAGAUCAACGGCAUUUGAUCUUAGCCGGAAAGCAACUCGAAGAUGGUUGAACCCUUGAGAAUUAGAAUAUCCAGAAAGGAUUUCUUGAGAAUUUGUGUUCAGGGUUUAGUUCAUUUUUAGUGAAUGUUGGAAUGAAUUUUUGUUUGGUUUUGAGGCUCAAGGGUGGCAUCAUUGAUCCCUCGCUUAUGCCUUAAGCUAGGAAAAUAAAUCAGGAAAAGAUGAUUUGUUGACGUAAGCUUACGGAAUUAAGUUGUCCCAUUGAUUUCAUUUGUUGAUUGUUUGUUCUGUAAGUUUCUAUCUGUUAUCAGUUAUCUUAUCAGUUAUCUGGCUAUGUUUUUUUCGUUUUCAAUUGAAAACUGUUCCGAGGUCCUAACAAGUUUCUGUUUCAUAGAUAUCUAUGGAAG